CACAACCAACAGCAGUCAGUCAAUGAGGUUGUUCUUCUCGCAACUAUCGAGGACUGCUCAAUCAUGAUCCCAACGCAAGAUAUGGACAACAGGACGGAAUAUUACAACAUUUAUGGGGCAUAUUUUGCCCCCUUAAGGUCAGGGGGUGAAAAGAUGCUGGGUGAGGGUUUAACUGGCGAAGACCUGGAAAUGAUACCAGAGCACUGGUUUAAGUAUCCAGAACCGCCCGCCAGUGCACACACAGCUUUAUGUCUUCUGUACUGCUUUUUUACCGCGGCCGCCCUUAUUGGAAACGGAAUGGUCAUAUUUAUUUUCGCCUCGACAAAAUCUUUACGAACGGCGAGCAACCUUCUUAUUUUAAAUUUAGCUAUAUUGGACUUCAUCAUGAUGUUAAAAGCACCUAUAUUCAUCUAUAAUAGCGCAAUGAAGGGCUUUGCCGCGGGAGCAAUGUGGUGUCAAAUAUUUGCGGUCAUGGGAUCUUAUAGUGGUAUUGGAGCUGGUAUGACCAACGCUUGUAUCGCUUAUGACAGGCAUUCCACAAUAACUAGACCUCUAGAUGGUCGAUUGUCAAGAGGGAAAGUGUUACUAAUGAUAGCCUUUAUAUGGAUCUAUACGACUCCAUGGUCUUUGAUGCCAUUGUUUAGGGUGUGGGGACGAUUUGUACCCGAGGGCUUCCUUACCUCCUGCACAUUCGACUAUUUGACAACCACAUUUGACAAUAAAUUGUUCGUGGCCUGCAUAUUUGUAUGCAGUUACGUAUUCCCAAUGUCAUGUAUCAUCUACUUCUACAGCGGCAUCGUGAAACAAGUGUUUGCACACGAAGCAGCUCUACGGGAACAAGCAAAGAAAAUGAAUGUGGAGUCACUGCGAUCUAACCAGAAUGCAGCGGCUGAGUCUGCAGAAAUUAGAAUCGCAAAAGCUGCACUUACGGUUUGCUUCUUAUUUGUGACAUCGUGGACACCGUAUGGUGUGAUGUCGCUGAUAGGGGCCUUUGGCGACCAAAAUCUGUUGACUCCCGGGGUGACAAUGAUUCCUGCAAUAACGUGUAAGGCAGUGGCUUGUAUUGAUCCGUGGGUCUACGCUAUAAGUCAUCCAAAAUACAGACAAGAACUUCAGAGAAGAAUGCCGUGGUUGCAAAUUAACGAACCUGAUGACAAUACUUCAACAACGUCCAAUACUACAACCAACAGUGCGGCCCCCGCGUGAUCUCAAAUACGCAAUAAAUAUUAAAAUUAUUAAACAACCAGGACAUGUUUAUCGAAUAGUAUAGUUUAAGCAUACAACUCAAUGGAGUAAAAAAAUGUAAAAAAAAUGUAACGACGACCUACGCUUCGCUUAUGGACUCUGACUAAGACAUGAAAAUAUAUAAUACUCUUAUAAUGAAUAUGCAGCAUAAUAAAUGUAUUGAACAUUUUA